AAACCAUUACGUUACUCUAUCCUCUGUAAAUUAGAUAAAGUCAUUUGUAUUAAUAUUCACUUAACGGUUGUCUCAAGCCAUUUGACAGUGUGGUGGAAUUGAUGUUUUCUUUGCUAACAUGAUAAAUAGCCAGCUAAAUGGCUAGGAAACAAGAUGCAAGCUUUCUAAAGGAGAAACGUCCAUAUAGCAGUAAGAAGGCCUAGCAGCAUGCUAGUGGCUUGCCUUAGCGAGCAACGUAACGUUACAGUUUAACGUUCCUGUGACCGACAUGCCAUAAUUAGAAUUGGAUAUCAGUGUCAGUUAGGGUUAUUUUAAGUGUUCCCAAGAACUUGCUGGUGAGGACCAUGAUAUGACUGAGCCUCAGUUUACUCGCAAAUUUGGUAGUUCAGGGAAAACGGCUAGACCACUGGCUAGUUUAGUUAGCUAAACAUUAGCUGGCAUUAGGUAGCAUGCUGGCUAGUAGCUAGCAACUAGCUAGCUGUAGGAUGCAUAGGUGAAUGGUGUGGAUUAUUAUCGAAGUUAGUGAUUCUUGUGUCCUAUGACAAUGAUGUCUUCAAAACCCAGUACAAUGGAAUUUGAGAGGAGAUUGGAGGCUAAACUGAAAAUUAGUGAGAAAGCUAAGAAGUCUUCUGGCGGCUCUGGAGGUUCCCCUGUGAGGACAGCCAUGGUAAUCCAGGACGACUCGCAGCCUGCUGCCCCUCCACCUCAGAUACGCAUUUUAAAGCGGCCAUCCAGUAACGGCUCCUUGGGCAACGCUGCCGCACUGGCUCGACCUGCCGUGCCGGUGAAGACCCUGGCCCAGAGAGAGGCAGAGUAUGCAGAGGCACGUCGUAGGAUUCUGGGUAGUGCCAGUUCUGAAGAGUCUACUUCAGACAAACCAAGCCCCGACAGGCCAGUGCGUGUCACUGCUCCACCUUCAUCAGAACAAGACAGGCUUAACAAUCAUGCAAUCCGCCAACCAACAGGUCCCGAUGGCUCGCAAGGCUUCCACCACUGUAGAUAGAGAGGGGAAGGGGAGAGAGGGGUCCGUCUACUACCCAGAGAGAGUCAGUGGGGAGGCCCAAAUCUACACAGAUGGGCUGGUGACAAACAAAAAUACACAAAACCACGGUGAUCUUUUCCAGAAUUGGAGCGAGCAGCAUGAAGAUGAAACGUAUUGCUUGGGAAGGUCACACAAAGAUCCUUCCCUCCAUUCUCACCCUUACCUCCACUCCCUGCCACCAUGCUCCUGAAACUGGCCGCCGGUGGACCCUCGGCACUCCCCCACACUGGGACGUGGGGCCAUGUUGCUGUGCUGCUGAGGGUCAGGAGUGUCUGCCACAGCCCACACUGUGACUCGCCCACGGCUUCCUCAGGACUCUGCUCACUGUGAUGGCUCCCCGGUGAGCACCUCCCAGCCCUGCGUCGGGGCUUCGGUGUGCUUUGGGAACGGCCAAGAGUGCACCAGCUUGGGCUGGAAGAGUGGCUGCGCUGGGACAUGGAACAGGUGGAGGCCCAACCACAGUCAGUGGAUUGAGCCAGACAUGACCCCAAGAAGGGACCAGCAAGAGAGUAGGAGUAUAGUUUCACAAUAGGUGUUAGCUCAAAUUAGCAAUAAUACUGAUAAAACAUAAAAAACAUGGGCCCAUCUCUCCCCUGGGCUGCUCCUACCCAUGCGAAAAUAACCUCCAUCUCUGAGUAUUUGGACUGUCUUUAUUUUAUUUUUUUUAAAAGCAGCUUAUAGAUUUUGUCACUGUAUGUCUGAGCGGCAGUAGUAAGAAUGUGUACAGCUUUGAGUUUUAGAGUUUCUCAGUUUGAUCAUACUGUCAAAUGCCUUUUAAUUUGUGUCACAGUUGUGCUUAAAGACUAUUUCUGAAUGGUAGCUUGAUUUAGAUACGUCAAAGCUCUUAGCAUUAGUACUCAUAACAUAGUUUCUUCAGCCACUGGAAAAAAAUGAACGUCUGUGCUCUUUAGCAGUUUGAUAGUGAAAUUCAAGACGUGGAGUUUAGAGGCUUUCACAUUUUACUGUAGAUUCAGUUCAAGAUGGUUCCUUAUUCAAGUUUCAAUGACUUACUUCAUUUUGUGACCUGCCUCUCAUACAGGUGUUGCUUUUGUCAAAAAGAAAAUGUAAUGAAAUUAGCUAUGAACAGAACAUCUGCAUACAAGGUCCCUCAGCUCAGAUACAACCUUAUUUGGUUUCAGCUAUAUUGGUUCAGGAGAUAGAACAGCUGGUUAAGGCCUUUCCGUUUCAUGCAUCAGACUGUGGCUGUUUCUUCCACAAGUUAUGAAGCAAUUCUGGAUUCUGAGAUUGUCCAACCAUUUUCCUCACUCCCCACUAUUCACUCCAUCUUCCACUCAAUAUAGGGGUCCUCAGGAAAAAAAAAAGAUGUUGCAUAAUCUGGGUCGUUUCCAGUGGCAAACAAAUCUGUCUGGGUCUUCACCCACAGCUUGUGCGAUCAUAUCUAAUGUCUUGUGGAGAACACAAAACAAAGCCUGUAAAAUUUCUAAAUAAUCCCUUUAAUAAAAACUUUGACAAAGUACCUAUGUGUGAAUAAAACUGUUGGCUUGUUGAGAAUGUCA